AUGGCCCAGAUCGACGAGACAUACUCAUCUUUCGGCCUUAGCGACGACGAGCCCUGGGUGCUCACGUUCCUGAGAGUAUGCACGUGCGUGGGCUGGCUGGCGAACUAUAUGGGAAUGAUCUACAAAUCCUUCCGGGACCGGACCUAUGGAAUGGCUCUGAUGCCCCUAUGCUGCAAUAUUGCUUGUGAGUUCGUGUACGGCGUGAUUCAUGCCCCGGACUGCCCGCUCUAUCAGAUCAUCUUCCUCUGCUGGUUUGUGCUCAACUGCGCGGUUAUCGUGGCUGCCAUCAAGUUUGCCCCGCGCGAGUGGCGCCAUGCACCUUUGGUACAGCAAAAUAUCGGCUGGAUCUUCGCUCUGAGUAUCGUCUUCUGGACGACUGCGCACCUGGCUAUUGUCGCUCAGGUGGGAGCGACCGAGGGCGCCGCCUGGAGCUCCUGGUUCUGUCAACUCUUUCUGAGCGCCGGGUGUUUGUGUCAGCUUAUAGUCCGGGGAAGCAGUCGCGGAACCUCCCUUUGGAUCUGGUUCGCCCGCUUCUUCGGAACCGCCUUGUCCUUACCACAUGAGGUCUUGCGGUAUAAGCACGGAUAUACGAAUGUAGUAUGGCACAGUCCGUUAGGCUGGUGGGGAGGAGCCGCGUUUUUUAUACUAGAUGGGGCUUUUGGUAUCUUGCUUUGGAAAAUCCAACAAUCAGAAAAGGCAGUCAAGGGCUUGCAACGGGGAGAGGUCGGAUUAGACGGGAACGACAAAGACAUAAAAAAGAGCCUGAGUAAAUGA